AUGCCUGCCAGUGACCAUGCUCCUCGCCUGAGUUUCCUGAAGGACUCUGCUAACUCUUUGAAUUCCCUGAGUCCUUCAACGGCAGCUCACCUGUUGAUGGUCCAUAACCAAAUUCUCCACGAAGAAUUCAAGGCUUUGAAUCAACGACAACUUGAUUUUGCAUGUGGUGCCUGUGGUAGUAUCAGAAACCCUACGACUAGCAAGACGAUUCAGAUUAAGAAAAAGAAAUCCAAACGCGCGGAUUCUUCUGCGGCCAAGCCUUCAACUGGCGGAGCCACAGUCUACAAAUGCCUUCCCUGUCGUCGAAGAACAGUUAAACCGACAGUUCGUCUCAGUACAUCAUCUAGACCUGGCAUGACGUCAAUUGCCAGCUCCAAUAUGCAGACAACGACAUCUACAACGGGUUCUACUGUUGCUGCUUCCGAUACAGAAUCUCUCGAUGUCAACCGAAGCAGUAAAUCAGUUGAAAACGCGAGCAGCAAGAAACGCGCAAAAGCAAGGAAAGCUGGGGGUCUACAAGCUCUUCUAGCAUCCAAGCAGCAGACUCAAUCCAAGUCAUCGCAAUCUCUCGAUCUUUUUGAUUUUCUGCAGCAUCUGUCAUCUCAUUCACUUAUACAACAGGACGAUACGCUCAUGUCCGACUCGAUGUCGACUUACUCUCAAGACGACGAACAUGAUCCUCAAGAGGAUGAGCUGCGCGAGACAGCGCUAGUGACGUUGGAAACACUGAUCAGCUCUUGCAGUCAACAGAUACAACCUUACUUGAUCAAUGCUGUUAACUCAUCCCUCCGCUUCCUCAAAUACGAUCCCAACGUGGCCGAUGUUGAAGACGAUGAAGAAAUGGGAGGUACGCAAGAUGAUAGCUCCGAAGAUGAUGCAACUGAGGAACCCGAUAUGGAAGACGACGAAUUUGGAGAGUUUGAAGAUGAAGGAGGGUAUAGUGAUAUCGAUGAUAUGAGCUGGAAGGUCCGACGUUGUGCGGCGAAAUUGCUCUACACGGUCAUCUCAACAUACGGGCGGACCCGUGCUUUGGAUGACACAGCUCUAUAUCAACAGAUUGCCCCCGCUCUCAUUUCUCGCUUUAAGAAUGAAAGAGAAGAGAGUGUCAAGCUUGAGGUUGUCUCGACCAUGACUGCCCUCGUCCGAAAGACUAGCGAAGGUGCUAUGAUCAUAACCUCCAAUGGGUUCCUUGAAUCUGUCGGAGGAUCUAAGAAUUCGCGGAAGAGAAGACGACAAGACAGUGAUGCUAGCAUGAUCGACUUUGAACCAAGUAUCGGUACCUCUUCCGCAAUCAGCACGCCUGUCAUUGCUCCAUCUUCACCGAAAUCGGGUCCUCAGGCGGAGCUGAGUCGAUCGGUCCCAGUUAUUGUACAAAAUCUGGUCAAGAUGUGGAAGUCGGCUUCAAUUCCUCUGAGGCAAGCCAUCAUUGUCCUGCUCAAGAGCUUGGCUCUCGUCCGCUACGGUGGGCUGGCCGAUCAUCUGCAGCAGAUCGAGGAUCCAAUUGUGGAUGUUUUGAAGUCCUCUGCCUCUGGCAGCGCGUCGGCACCUGCCGGUGCAACCGCGAGUGCUGGGACCCUGCAGACCGAGACCUUGAGUCUCAUCGCUGCCAUUGCCGAGACUCACACAUCCGACGCUCUGCUACCAUUUUUGAUUGCAUUGAUUCCGGGCGUCAUCGGAGCCGUCAAUGAUCGUAACUACAAGGUUAGCAGCGAAGCAUUGGGGGCGGUUGAACAGAUCAUCAAAGCCCUUACCCCGCCGCGUGUCCCCGCAGCUUCUCAAGAGCUUGCGUCACAGAUCGAGAAGCUGUAUGAUGUGAUAUUGUCGCGGAUCACGGAUACGAGUGCCGAUUUGGAAGUUCGACAACGAGCGAUCCAUGUCUUUGGUGUUCUUUUGGCACGUACGUCCGGAGAGAAGGGCCACGAGUUCCUCUCGUCAGAUCGUCGGUCUAAAGGCCUUUCGGUUUUGGUCGACCGCCUGAGGAAUGAGACUACUCGUCUUGCCUCUGUCCGUGCCGUAGAUGAUAUAGCUGUUCUCUGUACUCGGGAUACAGACGUUAGCAUAACAUGGAUCAGCGAAGUGACUCUGGAACUUGGCGCUCAGUUACGCAAGUCAGACCGUGCCCUCCGAGGUGCCAGCCUUGAAGCGCUACGUAGUCUGGCUAUGAAUCCUCAUACACGAAUCCAUUACGAUGACAAGACAAUGAAGGAGCUGGAGGACUGCCUUCUACCCUUAAUCAGCGCCGAUGAUUUCCACCUCCUUGCUCCGUCGCUCAUCAUCCUGGCGAAAUUGGUGCCUGGCAAUGCCUCCCUCCUGGUGAACGAGAAUCUAAUUUCUGCUUUGUGUUCUAUUGUGCUCGCUCCUCUUGUUGGCACCGUUCUUAAGGCGAUGCUCCUCCUUGUGAGGGUUAUCGGAGAAGAAGGUGCUGGAGCGGAGUUAAUGCAGAAGCUUCUACGAGAUGUCGGCAUCAACGGUGACACAUCCGUAGUCGGCCGGGCGAUCGGAACACUUUUGGUCUAUGGUGGCCCUAAACUGGGCGUCCGGAUGGAAGACUUUUUGACGGAAUUAGACACUGCCCAAGAUGCCCAGCGUAAAUGUCUUGCACUUGCAAUCCUUGGCGAGAUCGGCCUUCGCAUGGGCUCUACAUGCUCGUUGACUCCGCAGCUGUUUAUCACGCAUUUUAACUCGAAAUCCGACAAGGUCCGACUUGCUGCGGCAACCGCCCUUGGAAACGCAGCUGCCGGCAACGCGAAAACAUACUUGCCUGUCAUUCUGAGCGGCCUGGAAAAGUCGAAUCCCCAGAGCUAUCUGCUCCUACAUUCCGUCAAAGAAUUGCUUCAGCAUCCCGAGAUUAUUCGCCCGGAUGUGGCGCCCACUGCCAUUAAGCUCUGGCAGGCCCUUCUCCUUGUCUCGGAAGAAGAAGACAACAGGGCUGUGGGAGCAGAAUGUAUUGGUCGUUUGGCAUUAAUUGAUCCUGUCAACUAUAUUCCGCACUUCCAGGACUAUCUCUCCAACCGCGAUCCGACUAUUCGAGGCGUGGUGAUAUCUGCUUUCCGCUACACUCUGACCGACUCGCGCAAUACGUACAAUGACGUUUUGAGACCUCUUAUUGUCCCGCUUCUGGUCAACAUGCUCAGUGACCGUGAUUUGGGCAACCACCGCCUCGCUCUGACGACCCUCAACUCCGCAAUUCACAAUAAGAUGGACAUCAUCCUUCCACAUCUUAGCGAAUUGCUUCCAGCCGUAUUUGGCGACACCCAAAUCAAACCCGAACUCAUCCGUGAGGUACAGAUGGGCCCGUUCAAGCACAAGGUUGACGAUGGGCUUGAGCUUCGUAAGACCGCGUACGAAACCCUCUACGCUUCCCUGGACACGGCCUUCUCCGUCUCCCACGUGUCCGAAUUCUAUGAUCGCAUCCUCGCCGGCCUCGAAGAUGAGCAGGACAUCCGGACCAUAUGCAACCUCAUGACCUCAAAGCUCAUCCCCAUCGCCCCCGAAGAGACCCAGCGCUACCUUGACUCCCUUUCCGAGCGCUACUCCGCCGUUCUCUCAUUCAAACCUAAAGAGAAUGCCGUGAAGCAGGAACUCGAAAAGGCCCAGGAAGCUUCGAUGGGUAUUCUGAAGGUGACUCGCGAGCUUAGCAAAGCGUUUCCCAAUGCCGAAGUCUCGGGCGACCAUCACAAGUGGAAGGCGUACAUGGAAUGGAUUCGGAAGACGUUUGCCGCGCAGCUGAAGAGCCUUGAAACGGAGUUCUAG